AGUAUUUGAAUUGAAUGCAUCUGAAAUAGGUUACGAGUUCACAGUAAUGUGGUCGGAUUUUUGUCAGUGCAAAGAGCAAGCAUUAUUCACACUCGCAGCUUGUUUGUUUCUGUGGAAUGCUGACCAAGCUUUCGCUGCGGUUGAAGCAAACUGCAGUCUCAUGCAACCUCCUUCGAACUGUCCGGAAAUACCAUGCCCAAGAUGUGUACGUCUUUCAAGCUUUUCAAGAAAGCCGUAUGUUUUCAAAGAUGGCAAUUCUACUGACGGGUUUCUUUAUGCUCUUGUAGACCUCCUGUUAAGCAAGUGUUGUGGUAACCUCACCUCAGGCUGUUGGCAAAUGAUCCACCACUCCCCGGAAACAGAUCCUGAGCAGCUGUUAAGUACAGUGAAAGACUCUCAUCUGAUAUAUCCAGUGUUAGUAGACAAGCAGGACAUGGCAAGCGAGAACCAUCACCUGAUUGGUCUCGUCCCCCCUGGUAGCAUAGCUUUUGUUGUUCCUAAAGGAGAGCGGGACAAUUAUCCAAAGAAGCUAAUGAUGGCAGUAUUUGAAGCUUGGCCGGUGUUGAUAUUAACAAUUCUACUUUCAAUUUUGGCGGGAGUUUUUCUGUGGCUUUUGGAUACUUGGUUUAACGAGAAAGAGUUCCCUCGAACAUUCUUUAGAGGAUCUUGGGAAGGAUUUUGGUGGGCCUUCGUCUCCAUGACAACAGUGGGAUACGGUGACCGUUCGCCUCGAUCUAUCCUUGGCCGAACCUUUGCAGUUGUUUGGAUUUUAGUUGGAGUAUGUAUAUGUUCAAUAUUCACCGCUACUUUAACAACCUCACUAACUGCCAUCAGUCUGGAUACCAAGAAGAGCCUGCCUGGCUCAAAGGUCGGCGUUCUCAAACGCUCGAUAGAAAUGGCAUUGGGAAUGCAACAUCAAGCCGACUUAAAGUUAUUCAAUUCAGUUGAGGACAUGAGGGACGCUUUGGACCAAGGGGAAAUUGAAGGUAUACUCUUGGAUAAUUACCAAAUUAGUCAUUAUACCGAGACCCUUUUUCCGAGAAGUAAGUUCAAAAUAGAUGAAGUCCUUAAAGAGGAGACGCUUUCCUAUGGUGCUAUGGUGAAUGAUAGCUUUUUAGCACAAUGUUUCAGCAAAUUGAUCGCUGAAGACAAGUACCUGAUCUACGACUUUACCAAGAAAGAGCUUAAUAAAACACUGAAGGGAGGAGGAAACGAGGCGGUGCAGAACUCUCAGAGUAUUUUUGAUCCCACCGGUGAUUUGUUUUUCCCUUCGUUGUACUCCUGCCUCGUUUUGAUAGCCGUUAUUUUCUUCAUUGGCUUGACAGCUGAGGUGUUGUUCUUUAAAUCAUGCCGAUGUCCAAAGAAGAGACGCAAAAAGGAUGAAGAGUUCACAGGGGCAAUAGCUGUGAAUGAAUUUAAUGGUGGGCUGCCAGCUCUUGAUCAGAUGGAGAUUGAAAUGAUGAGUGAUAUACGAGCUUUGUUUGCCAAGUACCGCGAAAGGCUUCAGGAGUGGGAAAAAGCUGAAAAUAACGGAAACGCCUCUACAUCUGAUGCAUAAGACUUAAGUUAAUCGAUAACUCAAGUUGUGCCUUAGUUCUCGGAAUACCGGGGCAGCCUUUUGACGGAAUAUGCCUCAACUCUAGUCACAAGGAGGAGGACUGAUUUUCAGCAUCCAGUAAAAGGCGGUAAAUACUUAUAAGCUCUCGCUGGUACCAAGAAAUAUGAUUCUGAGAUAAGUAAAGAAUGAAACUGCA